AUGACCCACCAAAGAAUCUUUAAAUUUCCAAAUACGAUCCCAUCAUGGUAUAUAGGACAUAUGGCAAAAGCCAUCAAAGAAAUCCAAUCGAAACUUAAUCAAAUUGAUUUAAUUAUAGAAACGAGAGAUGCAAGAUUACCAUUAUCUAGUAUUAAUCCGAAAUUUGAAAAAUUAAUUCAAACACAUUCUAACAAUCGAGACCAAGAACGCGAACAAGAAUACGAUCAAGGAAAUGAUCAAAGAAGAACGAUCAAGAAAAGUUUACCUAGUAGAUUGAUUGUUUAUAAUAAAAAAGAUUUAGCUGAUCCAAGAUUAGAAAAGCCUUUAAAAGAAGCAUUUGCGAAAUCAGGUCAAAGAGUUUUAUUCACCAAUACAAGACUCGAUCAAGACAUAAAAUCAGUUCUAUAUCAAUCAAUAGAAAUCGUUAAGUCUAGAUACCAUUCAACUGGUCCUUUAACUUCAUCUGAUAUCAAUGAUCAAUCUAAAAAUCAUCAUCAUAGAAACCAAUCAGAUAGUCUUUCAAAAGGCUUCAAAAUCAUGGUCUGUGGAAUGCCAAAUGUAGGAAAAUCAAGUCUUUUAAACGCUUUGAGACGUGUAGGAUGUCAAAAAGGUAAAACAGCUUCAGAAGCACCUAUGCCAGGUCAUACAAGAUCAAUAGGUGGUAUGGUCAAGAUACUUGAAGCUUGUAAGAUGUCAUAUGGAAAAUCAGUUUAUAUGAUCGAUACACCUGGUAUCAUGCCAAUUUAUUUAGGUCAAGGUGAUGAAGCUUCUGCUAUAGCUUUUAAAAUCGCAAUCACAGCUGGAAUUAAAGAUUCUUUAUUCGAUUCAUUUGACCUUUCAUCAUACUUACUACACAUCCUAAUCCAACGUUAUUCAAUCCUACCCCACACGCCCAACGAGAUCUCUCAAACCUUAUCAUUAAACUCAUCACCAGAUCUAACUUUAGUUUCAUCCAAUCCAAACCUAGAAUUACCGAUUGAAGACUUCUUGAAAUCGAUUUCGAUUCGAAUCAAAGCAUUAGAGAAAGGUGCAAUACCUAAUCUAGAGAUCGCUUCACAAUACCUUUUGAAGAGUUUUAGGGAUGGGAAGUUUGGGAGAUGGACUUUAGAUGAGUUGGGUCAAGAUGAAGUUGAUAUGGAUUUAGGUUUAACUGAUUCAAAGGAAAUUCAAACUAAUUCGAAUUCGACUUCAAUCGAUUUCCAUUCACGGGUCUUUCAUCGAGUUGAUCAGUUUUUGAGGUCUGAUGAUCAUGAGAAAUUUCAAAGUCAAACGGCUAUUAAGAUGAACGAAAGAAGAAAGAAUAAACAAAUUCAAAGGUCUCGAUCGUUGAGUAAUUUACAAAAACGUAGAUCGAAAGGAUAA